ACUAGGUGAAGUUUGUCUUAGCCAGCCACAGAUCCGAAAUAUAACAUGUCCGUUCGUGGCAAAUAAAAGCCCUCGCGAUUUUGACUAGAGAGGGUCUCUAGCACCCAAACACCCGUUGUCGAUUCUAACCAUGCAACUCACACUCAUUUUCACCACACUCCUUACAUUUGCUGCUAUUGCUACAUCACAUCCGACACCAAAUUUGGUCAAAAAACGUACUUCUUUGGCUAGGCCCCAGGACCUUUCCUCCAACCUCGUUGAUCAUCUCAAACCCAGGCUUGGGAUGCCCGAUACACCUGAUGCACCUGAUGCACUUGACUCGGUUGACUUUGGCGAUACGCCCGUGUCACCUGAUGUCAAGGUCGACAACGACGGCUUCAUUUACAAGAGAAGCCCCGACUCCCAUGACUCUGAGUCCUGCAUCUCUCAUUCAAUCGACGAAAGCGGCGACACGGGGCGCGAGGACCUUGGAUCUCAUAAGAGAAGCACUAACUCCCAUGACUCUGAGUCCUGCAUCGCUCGUUCAACCGACGAAAGUGACAUCAGUGACAGCGGUAAUUUGGGGCGCGAGGAUAUUGGGUCUCAUAAGAGAAGCCCCGACUCCCAUGAUUCUGAGUCCUGCAUCUCUCAUUCAACCGAAAAAAGCGGCGACACGGAGCGCGAGGAUGUUGGGUCUCGCAAGAGAAGCACUAACUCCCAUGACUCUGAGUCCUGCGUCGCUCAUUCAAUCAACGAAAGUGAAAUCAGUGACAGCGGUGAUAUGGGACAUGAGGAUAUUGGAUCUCACAAGAGAAGCACUAACUCCCAUGACUCUGAGUCCUGCAUCUCUCAUUCAAUCGACGAAAGCGGCGACAUGGGGCGCGAGGAUAUUGGGUCUCGCAAGAGAAACACUAACUCCCAUGACUCUGAGUCCUGCAUCGCUCAAUCAACCGACGAAAGCGGCGACACAGGGCGCGAGGACGUUGGAUCCCACCGUGUUCACAAGAGAAGUAAGACAUUACAGGCCUGCUGGAUCGCUGCUUAUAACACCUGUCACCAGAGGCUUUUGUUUACCGUCUCAAGGACGAGAGGCGCUACAACUAGGCAAUAUAUCCGAGAGAGCUUUCGAAUUAGGAAGAAGGCGUAUUGAGUUUCAUACACUGUCAUAUAGCUAGUAGCUACAGUAUCAGGACGCAGCCUAGCUCACACGAGAGUAGAUAAUCGAGUACAGACUCAAU